AUGAGGGGUGAGUAUAAUGGCUUACAAUUUAAAAUUAAAAAUGAAAAUCCACACGCUAUUUAUAUUUGGUGUUGGGCUCAUCGUCUGAAUUUGGUUGUGGAACAAGGUGUUGCAAGUUGCCUUGAAGCAGUUGAUUUCUUUGGAAUUUUGGGAAAAGUCUUUGACUUUAUAUGUAGCAGUAAAAAUCAUGUUUUUCUUUUUGAAAAAAAUCAAAAAAUUCGUAAUCCUAAAUUACCAGUUCGUCGUUUGAAACGUGUAACUACUACUAGAUGGAGUAGCCACUCUGCAGCUUUAGGUACAAUUUUACUGACUUGGGAAUCUUUAGUUGAUACACUGGAAGAUCUCUGGACAUCAGAAGCUUCAUCAGAUGCAUCAUCAUUGCAUGCGAACAAGAUAUUCAAAUUAACACUGAUAGUGUUAUAA